UUUAAUGGUAAUACUGUCAGUGCGUUCAAUAUCCCUUAAAACAACAACAAACUCCCAGACUCAAUAUCAAUAUGAUAAGGAAAUUUGUAUAAAUUGGAAGAUAUCAGCGAAACAUAAGUGUUUGAUUCACUAGAGUAGCGUGACAAGUUCAUAUGCGCUAGUAACUUAUUUUAAAAAGCAAGUCUAAAAUGUUGACUAUUAAUAUUGAUGAGACUGAUGAGAAAAUUAGUAGGAAAUUGGUUGAUUCAAUUGAUGCCAUUUUAUUCGAUAUUGAUGGGGUGCUGUUAAUGAACCAUCAAAUAAUUCCCGGAUCCAUUGAAUUCGUAGAUAAAUUACGAAAACUGGGAAAAAAACUAGCAUUUGUCACGAAUAACGCCAUUAACUCACCACAGAAAAUUCUCAAAUUCUUGGAACCUUUCAAUGCUCAACUUGAGGAAAUAUACAAUCCAACGUCGUCCUUUAUCGACCUAUUGAAAAAAAAUGGUUUCAACAAGGAUAUUUUUGCAAUCGCGAGUGAUGGAGCAAUAGAAGUAAUGAGGAAUGCUGGACUUAAUGUUAUUGAUUAUGAGAGCAUACAACAAGAGAGACUAACUGAUGUCCUAUCAGUUAGAGAAUUAUCUCUAAAAGGCUUAGAUCGUGGCAAAAACGUUGGAAUAGUAUAUGUAGAUACGAAUUUCAAUACCUGCUACGGAUCCUUGCAAGUGGGUCAAGUCCUUUUAAAUCGCAUCGAGAAAGUUCAAUUCUUCGCUGCAUGUCCUGAUGAUACGGGUUCCAUAGGGGACAAUUUGUUUCUAACAGGUCCUAAAUAUAACAUAGAUGCGUUGGAAAGAUGGAGCAAUAGAAAAGCCUCAGUAAUAGGAAAGCCUGAAAAAGCACUAGGAAAUAUUAUACAAUCCAAGUUGAAGAUAUCCGAUAGCCAACGAAUUUUGAUGAUAGGAGAUAGUAUUGCAUCUGAUAUGGCAUUUGCCGUAAACUCAGGCUUCAAAAGUUGUUUGGUACUAAGCGGCAUUUUCACUAAAGGCCAAUGGGACGACUGGAAAGAGCCAGAAAAUCUAAAACCGAACUAUAUUGCUACCAGUUUGGGGGCAAUUUAUGAAAAAAUUCAAGAUGUGUGAUUCAUUUUUACACUAUUAUAUUGAAACAUGUACAAGAUAAUUUUGAAUAAUAAAGCAGUUCGAAUUUG